GCGAAUUAUUGAUGUCUUCCUCUUCCAUAUCUUCUGAAUUCUGAUCAUACUCGAAAGCUUCACUAAAUCUUUUAGUCAAAGCGCCCAGAGAAAGCCUGUAAUAAUGCCUGAGCCUGCUAUGGAGUAUCCCAUCAAAACCAUACUCGUUUUAGUCCAAGAAAAUCGAUCAUUCGAUCACAUGCUAGGAUGGAUGAAGUCCCUGAAUCCAGAAAUUGACGGUGUAACUGGAACCGAAUCGAACCCCUUAUCAACCUCUGAUCCCGACUCAAACCGCAUCUAUUUCGGCGAUCAAUCUGGCAAUGUCGAGCCAGAUCCAGGCCAUUCAUUUGAAGCAAUAUAUGAGCAAGUUUUUGGUGUGCCGUGGACUGGUGGUCAAUCCUCAACAUCUUCAGCCUCCCAAAACCUUCCUCCUACAAUGGAAGGCUUUGCACAGAAUGCUGAGAGGAUACAGAAAGGGAUGGCUGAGAUAGUAAUGAAUGGAUUCAGACCAGAGUCAUUGACAGUUUACAAGGAGCUGAUUUCAGAAUUUGCUGUUUGUGACAGAUGGUUUUCGUCAAUUCCUACUUUAACACAACCAAAUAGGCUAUUUAUCCACUCUGCUACAUCUUAUGGUGCCAUUGCAAAUGAUACCAAGAUGCUGAUUCAGGGAUACCCUCAGAAAACAAUUUUUGAGUCCCUGGAAGAGUGUGGUUGCACUUUUGGGAUUUAUCAUCAGUACCCUCCGUCCACACUUUUCUUCAGAAAUCUUAGAAAGUUGAAGUACACAAAAAACUUCCAUCAGUUUGAUAUAGACUUCAAGAGGCAUUGCAAGGAGGGUAAACUACCAAACUAUGCAGUAGUUGAACAGAGAUAUUUUGAAACAAAACUCGUACCAGGGAACGAUGAUCAUCCACCACAUGAUGUCUCUGAAGGCCAGAAAUUUGUGAAAGAAGUCUAUGAAGCAAUAAGGUCAAGUCCCCAGUGGAAUGAAAUGUUGUUCAUUAUCAUCUAUGACGAACAUGGGGGAUUUUAUGAUCAUGUUCCAACUCCUGUCACCGGAAUUCCAAGCCCAGAUGACAAAGUAGCUCCUGCACCCCAUAAUUUCAGGUUUGAUCGCCUUGGCAUUAGGGUUCCAGCUAUUCUGGUUUCUCCCUGGAUUGAACGUGGAACUGUGUUACAUGGGCCAUCAGGGCCAUAUCCUACAUCGGAGUUUGAACAUUCAUCAAUUCCAGCCACUGUUAAGAAGAUUUUCAAUUUAAAAGAGUUCUUGACAAAGAGAGAUGCAUGGGCAGGCACUUUGGAAUGUGUUCUGAAUAGGGGCAGCCCCAGAAGUGAUUGUCCAGUUAUGUUGCCGGAGCCAGUAAAAUUAAGAGAUAGGGAAGCCAAUGAAGAAUCAAAGCUGAGUGAGUUUCAAGAAGAGUUGGUGCAAUUGGCUGCUGUAUUGAGCGGAGAUCUUGCAAAGGACAUCUAUCCACAGAAAAUACUGGAGAAUAUGAAAGUCAUUGAGGCUGUAAACUAUGUUGAAAAUGCAUUCCAGAAAUUCAGAGACGAAUGUGAUAACGCCUUCAAGACUGGAGCCGAUGAAUCUAAUAUUGUUUGUGCACCAAGUCCACCACCCGAAAAGCAUCGAUCGAAAUCCUUAGCUCAUAAAAUCUUGUCAUGCAUUGCCUGUCACCGUUGAUUCAUGGUCUGCGCAUGUAAAGUAAUUAAUCCAAAUGCACCCAUUGGACACUGAAUUGGGUUUUGUUGGGCAAUUUUGCAGCCUAUGGAGAAUGAGCUCUCUCAUA